AUGCAAGAGUUUGCUGGCGAGACAGGCUUCAGGUUAGUUACCUCUACACCUUACUAUGCACAAGAAAAUGGCCAAGUAGAAGCGACCAACAAAGUGAUAGUAAGUUUGAUUAGGAAACGUGUUACCAAAAAACCAAAGAACUGGCACAAAACUUUGGACCAAAUCCUAUGGGCUUGUCGAACGUCCCCAAAAGUGGCAACAAAUUCGACGCCUUUUCGACUAACGUUUGGUCACGAUGUCGUAUUUCCAGUAGAGAUUUGCUUAAAAUCCAUCAGGGUGCAACCCCAGAACGGCCUCCAGUCGGAACAGUAUUGGGACAUGAUGUUUGACGAAUUGGUUGAUUUGGAUGAAGAAAGAUUGGCUGCAGCAGAAAUGCUGAUACGACAAAAGGAACGCGUAGCCAAGGUAUACAAUAGAAAGGUAAAGAAAAAAACCUUUACUGAUAACGAUUAUGUUUGGAGGGUAAUCUUGUUUAUGGAUCUUCGAGAUUGA